AUGGGGAGGCCGGCGAUGGAGAGCAGCAGCGAGGAGGAGCUGGAGGACGACUUCCCCGGCCACGAGUGGAUCACCCCGCAGUCCUCCAUCCGCGCCGCCUAUCAGUCCCAGACCGAGAAGUCAAUAUGUGCUGUUCUGUGGCACAGUCUGUUCGACUGGGCCCCAUUACAACACAAUUACAAGUACAACGGUAUCAGGAAAACUUGCUCUGAGCUACUGGAGCUGAAGGAUGCCAUCGAAAACCUGUGCGGGAAUAUGCAGUCGAAGUACCAUGCUUUCCUCAGAAUAUCCGAGGAGGUUGUCGAGGCAGAGCAAGAGUUAAUUGAGCUGCAGAAGCAUGUGUCUGCCCAGGGGAUGCUUGUGCAAGAUCUGAUGAGUGGUGUGUGCCGGGAACUUGACAUGUGGCAAAAAUAUAGUAAGGAGGAACAUGUGGUGGAGAAGGAUUUUCAAAGUGAACUUAAUGAAAUUUUAUCUGUUGAUACUCAAGACCCCAAGGUUAUUUUUCUGGACGAAAUAGACAUUUUGCUUGCAGAGCACAAACUAGAAAAGGCACUGCUUGCCCUGGAUACUGAAGAGAAGAAAUAUAUGACUACAGAUGGUUCAGGCAAAGAAUCAGAUGCAGAGAUUUCUGCCUAUAAGACAGCACUGUUUAAAAGGAAAUCAAUUCUUGAGGAUCAGCUUGUUAGGUAUUCAGAACAGCCAUCUUUAUCUAUUACUGAACUAAGAAAAUCUCUGUCUGGUUUAAUUAAGAUUGGUAAAGGUUCUGUAGCCCAUCAAGUACUUCUAAAAACCUACGGUUCACGUCUUCACAGAGAUGUUGAGGCAUUUCUUCCCACCUGUUCAGUCUACACAGAAACUUACUCUGCAACCUUGUCACAACUUGUUUUCUCAGCUAUCUCAAAGGUGUUGAAAGAAUCUAGUACGCUAUUUGGAGAUAGCCCCACGAAUAUGAACCGGAUUAUCCAAUGGGCUGAAUAUGAAAUAGAAGCUUUUGCACGUUUGGUUAAAGAAAAUUCUCCUUUGCCUGAGAGUGUUUCUGCACUUCGUUCUGUUUGCAUAUGCAUACAAACUACUCUCGCUCACUGCUCUUGUUUAGAAGCACAUGGGUUGAAAUUCUCAAAGUUACUUAUGUUACUAUUGCGACCUCAUAUUGAAGAAGUGCUUGAACUGAAUUUUAGAAGGGUGAGAAGAAAGAUUAUUGAUUCGGCAAGGAAUGACGAUAUUCUGCGCCUUGGACCUCAAGAAGGAUCACCGACAUCUGAUUCAGUUGCACCUAAGAUGAUGCUUACAAGCAGUGGAAAGAAGUUUAUGUCAGUUAUCAAUUAUUUGAGUAGCCCUGUCUGUAACUUUUACAUCUAUUACAUCCAAUCUAUUCCAUCUGUAGUGAACAACUUGCACCAUACCUCCAGCCUCAAGUCUGACUACAGCCAGUUGGUGACCAGCAUGUCGCCCCACGACCUAUCCUCCUUCCUCAACCGCCCCUCCUUCCUCGAGCAGGAGGAGGGGCGCAUCCGGCACACGCUGGCCCUGGAGUCUGGCACGAUGCUCCUAGUGCGCUCUCAGAAUGGCCAGUGCGCAUCGGGCAACCAGGCAGUUUCCCAGGGCGGCUCCUCCUCCAACUCUGGGCAGGGCCGUAACAACAGCGGUGGCUCUCGGCGACAUCAUGCUGACAUCUGCAUGUGCUUCUUACAGGAUCUUUUGGAUCAUGUUACCCCAAUGACCACAGUUCACUUUGGUGGAACAAUUUUGAGCAAUUUUCUCCAGCUAUUUGAUAGAUAUGUCGAAACACUUAUCAAAGUGUUGCCUGGACCUUCUGAAGAUGAUAAUGUAGUGGAGUCACAAGAGCCUGUAGAAUUAAAAGCUGAAAGUGAUGCGCAGCAGCUUGCACUAAUUGGAACUGCAUAUACCGUAGCAGAUGAAUUAUUGCCAGCAGCUGUAUCUAAGUUUUUUGAUAUGCAAACCAAGAAGAAAGAAACUAGUGGAACGAGUGAAGGCCUUGGUCCUGGGUCCGUAUACUCCACAGAAUACAAAGAGUGGAAACGUCAUCUACAACAUUCAUUGGACAAACUGAGGGAUCACUUCUGCCGACAAUAUGUCUUAUCAUUUAUUUACUUGGAAGGGAAGUCACGAUUGGAUGCUAGAAUGUACUUGGAGGGGAACAGGGAUGAUCUUUUUUGGGAUUCUGAUCCCUUACCUUCACUACCUUUCCAGGCGUUGUUUGGAAGGUUGCAGCAGCUAGCUAGUGUUGCUGGUGAUGUUCUACUAGGCAAAGAGAAGAUACAGAAGGUUUUGCUUUCAAGGCUAACUGAAACGGUUGUCAUGUGGCUCUCCAAUGAACAAGAAUUCUGGGAUGUCUUUGAGAACGAGUCCAUCCAGCUCCAGCCUUCUGGACUUCAGCAGCUUAUUCUUGAUAUGCACUUCCUCGUUGAGAUUGCCGUAUGCGGACGGUACCCGCACAGACCAGUUCAGCAGCUUGUGUCAGUAAUUAUUACUAGAGCAAUUGCAGCUUUCUCUGCAAGGGAGGUUGACCCACAAAGCGCUCUUCCGGAGGAUGAAUGGUUUCUUGACACUGCCAAGACUGCAAUCAACAAGCUCAUGCUAGGGACUUCUGGAUCUGAGUCCGACCUCGAAGCGCCUAUCGCUCCGCAUGAUGACGGGAUAUCAGAAGAUUCAGAUAGCAUUUCAUGUCUGUCGAGCAUGGGGUCUGAAGAUUCAUUUGCUUCUGCAAACAAUGAUGACCUAGAAAACCCUGUUUACUUCACCGACCCUGACUCGUAG